GAGAGAGAGAGAGAGAGAGACCCAAAGUGACAGGCAUGAGGCACUUUUGUAAGUGAGGACUGUUCAAAAUGAGAUGUACUAUAAAGUCACAAGUCACGGUCAGAUAGACGUGGUGGAAUGAACUUGCACAGUGUGCCUUCACGUUUCCAGAGAACAGUGUGAGGAACACUCUCUAGAGAGGUCAAUCAGGAUGGGUUGUACAUGCAGUCGUCCUAAGCAAAAGCACCAGACGAGCUACAACUUCCAGAACGAACAACCCAGGGCCACAAACAACUCGAACGAACUGGCAAACAGCCGGCCAAUGGUAUCUGAUGCGAAUAGACAAGACAUCGCAACUAACAAUGGAGAUAUCGUGGUUGCUCAGUAUGACUUCAAGCCGGUCACUUCUGAUGACUUGCCUUUCCGAAAAGGAGACAAGUUCAAAAUUCUAGAAGAGGAUGGUGACUGGUGGUUUGCUAAGUCAUUGACAACAGGUGACGAAGGCUACAUUCCCUGCACAUAUAUGGCAAAACAAGACACACUGGAUGUAGAGAAGUACGUAACCGCCAACAGAGUGUGUACGACAUUUGUUGUCAUCUUCAAGUUGUAUUGUGGUUUGUCUUGUUUUGAGAAAAGAUUACAUGUAGUUACAAAUGUCACUGAAUUGUCAUUUUCUAGAUGGUUUUUCAAGAACUUGAGUCGCAAAGAUGCAGAGCGUCUGCUUCUGGCCCCAGCGAAUCAAAUGGGGUCAUUUCUAAUCAGAGAAAGCGAGACCGCUAAUGGAUCAUUCUCAUUGUCUAUCAGAGAUAUGGAUCCUGAACAGGGGGAUGUCAUCAAACACUACAAAAUCCGUUGCCUUGACAACGGUGGCUAUUAUAUCUCCCCGAUGACCUCGUUUGCAUCGCUGGAGGAGCUGGUGAAAUUUUACUCCAGGACAGCACAUGGGCUGUGUCAGCGGCUGACUGCCCCCUGCAAACGCAUGGAGCCGCGACAACCGUGGGCUCAGGAUGCCUGGGAGAUCCCGAGGGAGACACUGAAGAUGGUAAAGAAGCUCGGGUCGGGACAGUUUGGAGAGGUGUGGAUGGGCUAUUAUAAAAACUCCCAGAAGGUGGCCAUCAAGAUGCUGAAAGAGGGCAGCAUGGAGCCAGAGGCCUUCCUGCAGGAGGCCAACCUGAUGAAGAAGCUGCAAAACGAGAGGCUGGUACGCCUGUAUGCCGUCGUCACCAAAGAGCCCAUCCUCAUCAUCACAGAGUACAUGAGUAACGGAAGUUUACUUGACUUCUUAAAAACCGAAGAUGGAAAACAUCUGAAGUAUCCUAAACUCAUAGAUAUGUCAGCACAGAUUGCAGAAGGCAUGGCUUACAUCGAGAAGAAGAACUACAUUCACAGGGAUCUCAGGGCGGCCAACAUCCUGGUAUCGGAGACUCUGCACUGCAAGGUUGCGGAUUUUGGUCUGGCUAGGAUUAUUGAGACAGAGUACACAGCACAGGAAGGGGCGAAAUUUCCAAUCAAAUGGACUGCACCAGAGGCAAUCAACUUUGGGACCUUCAGCAUCAAGACAGACGUCUGGUCUUUUGGUAUUCUCCUUACAGAAAUCAUCACAUAUGGGAGGACACCCUACCCAGGCAUGACCAACCCAGAGGUGAUACGACUCUUGGACAAGAAGUACAGGAUGCCGUGUCCCGAUGCGUGUCCGCAGGAGCUCUACCAGAUCAUGCUAAAAUGCUGGCAGGAGAGGCCCGAGGAUCGGCCCACCUUCGAUUACCUGCAGUACACCCUCAAUGAUUUUUUCAUCGCUACCGAGGGCCAGUAUGAGAUGCAGCCCUAACCCUGGCUGACGGAGCAGACGGACAUUGUCUCCCGGAUACAUGUGGUGUGAAUCGGCGGUGGGGAUUGGGUGGUCACAGGGGCUUCAAAGCAGGAUGGGAGAGCGCGAGGAGGACAAAAGCAACUCAAAACACCGCCCUGAAUGUCAAUUAAUGAGAUAUUAUGAUGGAGUCUGCAAUGCCAAUUGAUUUCUUACGGGAAAUGCUGCCUCUCUGUAUGAAAAGCAUCCUUUGUGACUCACUGUUUGGGGGAAAGACGCUGUCCCUUUACUGACAUUCUGCAGAAUGCUGUAUAUUAUGUGGGGGGUGGGGGGGGUUAAUAACUGGGAUUAUGCGUGGCCUUUAAAAAACUACAUCUGCACUGAUAUUUAUUGGACCAAAAAGCUGGAGAGCAGAGGGAAAUGCUUAUUUACAGGUGUAACAUGUAACAUGGUGGAGUGUAUAGAACAUUUCUGUGAAUAUAGUAAGAGACUGACCCUUAAAUUUAGAAUAGAUCAUGACCCUCAUGACACAGCAAGGAAAAGUUAAACAUAUAGCACUUUGAAAAGAAUCCUAUUAGAACAACGUAUUUAAAUAAAUUUUUGAACUCUUUCAGAAA